GCCGGAUGGUCCUAGGGUGUGACGGCUCCCCCCCACCACCACCCACGGCCACUACCACCACCACCACAGAAGCCUCGCAGCACAACCCGGCCACUGGCAUUGUUGUAGCGUUGCAUUGAAGACGGCGGCACACCAACGUUGACAAUAGUGAAGUGACAUCACACACCGCACUCGCAUUGUUUGUCGUGGGGAUACUGAAGGCAUCAACACACCAGCGUUGACAACAGGACAGCUCGUGAUCACAGCUCUUCCGAUGUAGGGAUGAUGCACCUGGUGACAACAGCACAGCGGUGAUUCCAAGGUGCGCAAAGGCUUCCCGUGUAUCCGCUCCCUGGCCGUGCCUGCGGAGGAGAGUGGCAUGGCUACAGGGGGGAUGCCCAAUGAAAACCUGCCCACCUACAAGGUGGUGGUGGUGGGUGAUGGCGGUGUCGGGAAGAGCGCCCUCACCAUCCAGUUCUUCCAGAAGAUCUUCGUAGUGGACUAUGACCCCACCAUCGAGGACUCGUACAUCAAGCACACGGAGAUCGACGGCCAGUGGGCCAUCCUGGACGUGCUGGACACGGCCGGGCAGGAGGAGUUCAGUGCCAUGCGGGAGCAGUACAUGCGCACAGGCGAUGGCUUCCUCAUCGUCUACUCGGUGACGGACAAGGCGAGCUUCGAGCACGUGGAACGCUUCCACCAGCUCAUACUGCGCGUCAAGGACAGAGACUCCUUCCCCAUGAUUCUGGUGGCGAACAAGGUGGAUUUGAUGCAUCUUCGCAAGAUCUCCUCUGAGCAAGGCCAGGAGAUGGCUGCCAAGUACAGUAUCCCCUACAUUGAGACAAGCGCCAAGGAUCCACCGCUCAAUGUCGACAAGGCUUUCCAGGAGCUGGUCCGGGUGAUACGGCAACAGAUUCCCGAUCGAGACAAGAAGAAGAACAAAAAGAAAGACCGAUGGAGGCGUGAACGGUCGCGAGAGUCAAAACUAAAUUGUGUGUUGCUGUGACGCACCGUGCAAAGCGGAGAAGCGUUCCCGCGAUUAUUUAUACAACACGACCAGGGGAGCGAGCAGCCAUCAAAUAACUUCCCCCUCCUCCCCCCCAGCCUGCUGAGAAGAGCACGAGUGUCCAGCUCGUUGUGUCUGCACAUAACAAAUGAAUGCUCAGGUAUGCGAAUCAAGUUAUACUUUUACGACGCCGGGCAGCGAAACACUUGUUGGUGAGAUCAUGAUGAUUUUUGUUGGCCUGCUUAGGACGGCCCCGUUUACAGCACGACUGCAUGGCCACAUUUGGCUUUCUCACCAGCGUCAGUGCAAAACCGCUUGGCUGCUGCUCAAUAACUGUAAGCCUUCAUCUCAAGGGAGGUCAAGUGGAAUUUUUAAUGAUAAUUUAAAAAAAUAUUUGCACAAUUUUUGGCCCAUAAAUUACAGAUGUAUCAGCAAAUGUCACUUUCCCUUAAAUCACGUGUUUACCAAAUGCCUCUGCACUUGGUGUUGUGAGAAGGCCUUCUUUUGAUACAUUAAGCCAUGGUAUCAAUAGCAGAAUGCUCUUUUGUACCCACAAUAGUCAAACACGGCACAAUAGCUGCCAAAUGUUGGCACGAUGAGAUUAAAGUUUGUUCCCGUGAGAAUCUGUGGAGAAGUUUCGAUUCACCCAGUAUAACGGGCACAUUGUUGAAUUGCAUGGGUCUGCUCGGUGCGUCUAAAUUGUGAGGAAAAAUACAAUAAUGCGAUUGAAGAAUUCCCACAUGCUUGGUUGUACGACACCUCCACAGAGCCCCAUUGUACAUCGUUUGGACGAACAGACGCACUGUAGCAGUUUCAAGAACACAGCGGGUCGAACUCGUCUGUCGUGCGUUCUACGGCAAACUGCCUUUUCUAAACACUAACAAGAUGAUCCGUGUUUCUUAACUUGCCAUACAUUUUUUUAAAAAUUAAAAUAAGAGUAACUAUAUGUCAUACUCCGCAGCACAGCAUGUUUAUACGUAAACAUUUGUGAAAGUAUGACGGUGCACAUGACUGUUUUAAAUGUCUAAAUGUAUAUUGCGCAAACCUUCCUGUUAUAGAAUUUUAUUAUUUUGUGUGCAUUAGCAAUUCGUUAACCGCAUAGUGCAUUUGCUGCUGAGAUUAUAAUUGUAGUCGUGGUCGGCAAAUCAACUGCUUGGCUUGCCUCGGAUGAAAGUCCCGAACCGUGUGCCUGAGCUCAGUCAAUGACAUUUCAAUGCACGGAGCCUACGCCAUUCACCCACUGCUUGAAGAGCUCCGCGUUUGUCGAAAAGGCUGAUCGAAUGCCGCUUGAGCCACGGUCACGAGCCGCCGAGUCUCUUCAGCCGCCCGCACCUAAUUUAUCUCUGCCCAAGUGACCUUGGAGGUCACAUAACCACAGCCACCACGGCGUGAGUUGGAACCUCACGGUGGCACCGUGUCGCCGUGAAAAUCUGCGUGGAAGUAACUUUAUAUGCCCCCUCUAUAGGGCAGCAAAAGAGAUGACAGACAGGUUAACUGGAAGCAGUGAUUGAAAAAAAACCUCGGCCAAAGUGUCUUGGCCAGAUGUGAGCACUUCUGUUGAUGGAUGAUUCCAUUUAUGGAAAAGCUAGCUUUUGUUUAUAACUGGUGCAGAUAGCUUAUGGUUUAAAAAGACGGAAAGGUUAACAUUUCAAUGAAGUGACCUAAUAGACUGUAUUGGCGUGUGUGUGUACUAUUGGUGUGUGUGUGUGUGUACUAUUGGUGUGUGUGUGUACUUGUGGGGGAGUGGUAGUGUAACGGUGAGCGCGCUGCGCUACGAAUCUGGCGACCCGAGUUUGAU